AUGGAUUCCGGGUCGGGUUUGGAUCCGGAUUAUAGUAAGGGCAAAGGAAGUGGUGGUAAUGGAGAGAGAAAGUUUGGUGCUUUCUUAAAGAGAGUAGAACCAUUUUUACCCAAAAAGGAUUUGAAUCCGAGAGACUUAAGAUCUUGGGCUAAAAAAACUGGCUUUGUCUCCGGUGAAACCAGCACCAAGCUCGGCGAAAGUUCUAAUUUUGAUCAAAUCGAACCGAUUCUGGGUCGAGAUAGACCGAAGAGAGGAUCCGGUAUCGAACAUGUAACCGGAUCUGGGUCCGGGUACAAAUCGGGUCAUGGAGAGGACAUGGUUGAGUCACUGUCGGAAACGGCGGAGAUAGAGAAUGAAGGCGGGAAAAUCAAUAGGGAUUUGGAAAAUGGGUUUUAUCAUUAUCCAGGUGGUCGUGAAUCAGAAGAUGGAGAAUGGCCUAAACCUAUUGUAAUGAAGUUUGGUCUCAGAGACAAUCCUGGUUUUGUUCCACUUAUCUAUUACGGUUUGCAACAUUAUAUGUCACUUGCUGGUUCACUUGUGCUUAUACCUCUAGUCAUUGUACCAGCCAUGGAUGGUUCCGAUAAAGAUACUGCCGCGGUGAUUUCGACAAUGCUGCUACUUACUGGAAUUACAACUAUACUUCACUCUUAUUUCGGUACUCGGCUUCCGUUGGUACAAGGAAGCUCUUUUGUUUACUUGGCCCCGACUUUGGUUGUUAUCAACUCUGAGGAGUUCAGGAACCUCAGUGAGAAUAAAUUCCGGGGCAUUAUGAGAGAACUACAGGGGGCGAUAAUUGUCGGUUCAUUAUUCCAGUGUAUACUGGGAUUUAGUGGUCUCAUGUCACUCUUACUUAGAUUCAUUAAUCCUGUCGUAGUUGCUCCAACCGUAGCUGCAGUAGGAUUAGCAUUCUUUAGCUAUGGAUUCCCGCAAGCCGGCACUUGUGUUGAGAUCAGCAUUCCCUUACUAUUCUUGCUUCUUAUUUUCACAUUGUAUCUUCGCGGAGUUUCACUCUUUGGGCAUCGCUUAUUCCGAAUUUACGCGGUGCCACUGAGUGCUCUGAUCAUAUGGACAUAUGCAUUCUUUUUAACUGUUGGUGGGGCAUAUGACUACAAAGGUUGCAACGCCGACAUACCAAGCUCUAACAUAUUGAUUAAUGAAUGUAAGAAGCAUACGUAUACUAUGAAGCAUUGCAGAACAGAUGCUUCAAAUGCUUGGAAAACUGCUCCUUGGGUCAGAAUCCCUUACCCAUUUCAAUGGGGAUUUCCAAAUUUUCACAUGAGAACUUCUAUCAUUAUGAUCUUUGUGUCUUUGGUUGCAUCAGUGGAUUCGGUUGGAACAUAUCAUUCUACAUCUAUGUUAGUGAAUGCGAAGCGCCCGACACGGGGAAUUGUCAGUAGAGGUGUUGCAUUAGAAGGCUUUUGCAGUUUAUUGGCUGGAAUCUGGGGUUCGGGUACUGGAUCAACAACUUUAACCGAAAAUAUUCAUACGAUCAACAUCACCAAGGUGGCUAGCCGAAGAGCUUUGGUGAUCGGAGCUAUGUUCUUAAUAGUUUUAUCAUUUGUGGGAAAAUUAGGCGCGAUUCUUGCCUCAAUACCACAGGCUUUGGCUGCUUCAGUAUUAUGCUUCAUAUGGGCACUUACAGUGGCUUUAGGUCUAUCGAAUCUUCGGUAUACACAAACAGCAAGCUUUAGGAACAUAACAAUAGUUGGAGUCUCACUGUUUCUUGGAUUAUCCAUCCCUGCUUAUUUCCAGCAGUACCAGCCGCUAACAACUCUUAUACUACCGAGCUAUUACCUGCCCUUUGGAGCCGCGUCAAGUGGACCUUUCCAAACGGGUAUCGAGCAACUAGAUUUCGCGAUGAACGCCGUGCUUUCUCUGAAUAUGGUUGUAACAUUUCUACUGGCUUUCGUAUUGGACAACACUGUACCGGGUAGUAAGGAAGAGCGAGGAGUUUAUGUGUGGUCACGAGUCGAAGACAUGGAGAUAGACCCUGAGAUGCAAGCUGAUUACUCAUUACCAAGAAGAAUUACUCAGUUUUUCGGUUGCAGAUGUUGCUAG